GGACCACCUCAUCCUCCAACUGGCCUUGUAGUUCCUCAGUAUCUGUCUACUUCAAAAUGCGUGAAGUCAUCUCCGUGCACGUUGGUCAGGCUGGUGUCCAGAUCGGCAAUGCUUGCUGGGAGUUGUAUACUGUAGAGCACGGGCUGAGCCCGGAUGGUCGUUUGAUUGAGGGUGCAGGCCCUACGAAGCGUAACGAUGAUGGAUUCAGCACCUUCUUCUCCGAAACUUCGUCGGGCAAACACGUCCCCCGUUCGCUCUACGUCGACCUGGAGCCGAACGUGAUCGACGAGGUACGAAGCGGUACUUACAGGAGUCUGUUCCACCCCGAGACUAUGAUCACGGGCAAGGAAGAUGCUGCCAGCAACUACGCUCGUGGCCACUACACCAUCGGCAAGGAACAGAUUGACUUAGUCAUGGACAAGGUCCGUCGGCUCGCUGACAACUGCAAUGGUCUGCAAGGCUUCUUCGUCUUCCACUCCUUCGGUGGUGGAACUGGGUCUGGGUUCGGUGCUCUCAUCCUGGAGCGUCUGUCGACGGACUAUGGCAAGAAGUCCAAGCUUGAAUUCAGUGUCUACCCCGCUCCUACGAUGGCCAACUCCGUCGUCGAGCCCUACAACUCUGUCCUGACGACCCAUACUACUUUGGAGCACUCUGACUGUUCGUUCAUGGUCGACAACGAGGCCAUCUACGACAUUUGCAAAAAGAACCUUGGGAUCUCGUCGCCCAGCUUCACGAACUUGAACAGACUGAUCGCCCAGGUCGUCUCCUCGAUCACUGCUUCUCUCCGGUUCGAUGGCUCCCUGAACGUCGAUCUGAACGAGUUCCAGACCAACUUGGUGCCUUUCCCUCGUAUUCACUUCCCCCUUGCCACUUUCGCCCCCAUCAUCUCUGCCGAGAAGGCUCACCAUGAGCAGAACUCGGUGGCGGACAUGACCUUCUCUUGCUUUGAGACUGGCAACCAGAUGGUCAAGUGCGAUCCCAGGGAAGGCAAAUACAUGGCUUGUGCACUGCUGUACCGUGGCGAUGUCGUCCCAAAGGAUGUGAACGCCGCCGUCAGUGUCAUCAAGACCAAGCGUACCAUUCAGUUCGUGGACUGGUGUCCAACUGGCUUCAAGCUUGGUAUCUGCAACGAGCCUCCGGCUCACAUCCCGGGCGGUGACCUCGCGAAGGUGUCCCGCAGCCUUUGCAUGCUCUCUAACACGACUGCGAUCUCGAGUGCCUGGAGUCGUCUUGACCACAAAUUCGACCUGUUGUACUCGAAGCGGGCUUUCGUCCACUGGUACGUCGGUGAGGGUAUGGAGGAGGGCGAGUUCUCCGAGGCACGUGAGGACCUUGCCGCGCUGGAGAAGGACUACGAGGAGGUUGGUAUUGACUCGGCAGACGUUGAGGAGGCGGGCGAGUACUAAGCGGAGCGCUUUCGUUGUUUGUUGUCUCUUUCCUUCUGGUCGCUCCGUUGUCGUAGUCCGCUUGUAAUCGUCCCCUUCUUGUCAUGAUUUUUACGUUACGUAUAUCCCCCUUUCCUUUUUACCUUAGGCAUAAUCAUACCAGGAACUCAUCAUAUAUAUUCUUCGCAUGCGCAUGUGGCCUACUUAGUAUACAGACCAUGAGGACCUUGAGAUUUACAUUGACAACGUUCCAGCAAUCGGCG